GAGCGGCAGUGGCUGGAGAUGUAGACACUCGGCUGUCGCUGUGCACGGAGACGGGCGGCGGAGGAGCCCAUAGACUGGGGGGGACCGGCACCGACUCGGGGAAUCUGUGUGCAGCGUACAUCUUUACCGGAAGCAAAGGAUUAAAUGGACCUUCAGUGGCCCGAACAGGGCUCAGUGAUCUCUUGCCGCUGCUACAAGCGCUGCACCUUCCGCUAUGGGCAACACGGUGCACAAGACCUUGCCAGACACAAGCCAUCACAGCCGUCCAGUGGCCAAUAGACAAUGCUACACAUUUCUCCACUGUGGCCAGGAUAGAAGACUUGUCCUCUCCCGAACUGAGUCUCCACGGUUUCAUUGCCAAACUAAAGGGAAGAAUAUCCGACUUGAUACUCAUGGAAGAAAAGCCAUCCGGCGUAAUAGCUUUUGUAAUGGAAUUACUUUUACUAGUCGUCCCAUCCACCUGUAUGAAAAGGUCCGUUUGAAGCUGGUGUCCGUCCACCAUGGCUGGAGUGGAGCUCUACGCUUUGGAUUCACUAUUCAUGACCCGGCACAAAUGAAGCCCGAAGACAUACCCAAGUAUGCAUGCCCUGAUCUGGUUACCCGUCCUGGAUACUGGGCAAAAGCUUUACCAGAGAGAUUUGCACAGAGGGACAAUAUUUUAGCAUUUUGGGUUGACCGUCAUGGAAGAAUUUUUUACAGCAUCAAUGAUGAGGAGCCCAUAUUAUUUCAUUGUGGAGUUAAAGUCUCUAGCCCUCUCUGGGCCUUGAUUGAUGUCUAUGGCAUUACCCAAGAAGUACAGAUACUAGAUAGCACAUUUGCAGAGACCAUGCCUCCAGGACGACUGAGCAGUCCCCGACUGAGCACCUGUCUGCCCCAAAGUAGCCAUGACUCUGCUAACUUCAACAAUAAUGAACUGGAGAAUAAUCAAGUGGUGGCCAAAAUUGCAAACUUGAACUUAAGCAGAAUGCCUCCGCAGACAGAUAACCAUGCCAUCCCUUGUUGUCCGAACAGGCGGCAGCGUUCACAGGCCAUGCCCACCAUAUUGGACACGGAGCUUCAUUUUCAUCUUACCCGUGGUGCUGACAUCACCCUGUCACCAGACCGAACAGUGGCAUAUACUAACUGGCAGGAGAGCAACAGGACGAUAGUGUUUACUGAGCGGCCAGUGCACAACGGCGAGACACUGUUCGUGGAGACGGGUCAGCUGCCACUGCCUUAUUAUGGCUCCUUGUCAUUUGGCAUCACCUCCUGCGAUCCAAGCACAUUACGGACAUACGAUCUGCCAUCUAACCCAGAGUACCUAUUGGACAGAAAGGAGUACUGGGUUGUGCACCAAGGCUUGUUCACAAUGGGCAAUGGGGAUAUCCAUAGCUUUUCAUUUACGCCCAGCGGGGAGCUCCUCCAUGGCAUUAACGGAAACAAUCGUGGCAUGCUGAUGUGUGUGGACUCCUCACAGCCACUUUGGGUAUUCUUUUCCAUCCACGGGAUUGUCAAUCAGCUGAGAAUUAUGGGCACGGUACAGUCCAAUGUUCUCUCCCCAUCUGGUUCCCCUAGCGGCUCCCAGUAUGACAGUGACUCCGAUAUGGCCUUCAGUGUGAACCGUUCCUCUUCAGCCUCAGAGUCCUCUUUGGUCACCGCUCCUAGUUCACCGCUAAGCCCUCCUGUGUCACCUGUGUUUGCACCAGAACCUCAAGGCAGUAAAGAUGGAGAAUGUGCAGUUUGCUUCGACAAUGAAGUUGAAACGGUCAUCUACACCUGUGGUCACAUGUGUCUGUGUAGUAGUUGUGGAAUGAAACUGAAGAGACAGGUCAAUGCCUGUUGCCCCAUCUGCCGAAGGGUGAUAAAGGAUGUCAUCAAAACAUACCGUCCUUAAAUGAGUCUGACCUUUUACAGAGGUGUUUGGUGUGUGGACGUAUUUGAAUAUAGCGUGAAAUCCGGGAUUAUCCCUUAAAAGAAUUUAUGCUUUAUAUGUUGGUGCCGAGAUUAAACAUAUGAGGGUGGUGUAGCACAAUAUGUGCCAGUGUCCUUACUCAUGGCCAGCUGAUAAAGGGAUACCUCCAGCACAGGGUUGUAAAGCAAUUGUUCAGGGUGUACUUACUGAGCCAUCCAGCUCACUAACAACAUGGCUGGAGUGGUGCCUUUACUCAGGGGGUGUCACUACACUAAAAUAUUACCGCCCAAGGCCCGCUUAAGCAAAUAAUUUGCAGAUAGUAGUCGUGCCUUUCAGUAUCCUUAAUCAGCAUCAUUUGAAGGCAGAUUUCCACCGGGGCAUACUACCGGGCUGAUGUAUGAAAACUGGAGUUGUUGCCCAUAGCAGCCAAACACAUCCACUGCUGUGGUCAGAACCAAAGGUAAAUCCUGGUUGUGUGCUUGCUUUU